AUGUCAGCAGAUAUCAAACAAUCACUCUUCCCCCUGAUUGAAUCUAAACAAUAUUUGAAAUCUUUAAAUGAAGAAAAAGAAGCUAACAAUAAAAUCACUCAAAAAUCCGAGCAUGAGAAAACAGUCUUAGGUCCUUUCCCCAUAGAAAUUUGGGAAAAAAUUAUGCUUGAAGGUGCUGUCAUAAAAGAAGUUCUUCAUAUUAAUAAAACAAUUUUCAAUGAGUUGGCACCCUAUGCUUUUGGUGGUGGUAAUGGAUAUGAAAACUUGCAAUUAUUGUUAGUGGUAAGUUCUACUAAAAAAAUGAAACAAAAUGAUGCUUGCUUCGUGAGAGAAGGUCCAGAUUUCCCUGAUAAACCAUGUGAUUUUCACUCUAUUUAUGAACGAAAUUUAGAAAGCUCUAAGUUUAAGUAUGAAUUUUUAGAUGUUGAUUAUGUUGAUCCAAUUCGUAUUCGUGAUAAGAAAACAUUAGUUAUCACAAAUUAUGAAAAAAUCAAGUUUUUAAUUCCUCAUCUAAUCAAUAAUCCUGACUCGAUAAUCAAUAAAAAAUUCAAGUCUAUUAGUGUUGAUAUUUCGGUAUUACAUGGGUAUAAGGAGUUGAUCUAUGAUUCUGAGAUUAACCAUGUGUUGAAGAAUUACGGAAGAAUUGGUAGCUCAUCAUCAAAAAUUCAAAUUAAAAUAGACGAUUUCUUUUAUGGAACAGACUCACAUCAACUUUUCAAAAGGGGUGAGAGUAGAUGGGGUCAUCCUAAAUUAGGUAUAUCUAAAAAUUUUGAUGCUCAUAGUUUUAGUAAAGUACCUUACAAUACAGCAAAUGAAGUUUUCCCUAACAAAGUAUAUUUCAAUGAAUUGAUCCAUCUUUCUGAACUUUUCAAAUCUUAUGAUUCAGGUGAAAGAAGUGAAAUAUUAAAUAUUUCUUCAAAAGAAGGGCUUCAAAAGAAUCAUCCAUAUAAGAAAUAUGUAUUAUCACCUGAACAAUUUAAAGAAUCCCCAAGCUUCGACGGACAACAGAUGAAAAUUGAUGGUGCGAUAGCUUCACAUAAUAUCAAAAUCAAAAAGAGAAUAUUUGCCUCAGAUACUGAAGUCAAAUCGCUUAUCAAAUUGAUGGUGGAAACAUUAUCAUCUGAUAAAAUUUUCCAUGAUACUGAUACUUCUUUAUUCGUUAGUGGAAUGUCAGAUUUCCAAGAGACAAGUGAAAUUCGUAACACUCAACCAGGAAGAGGAAAAGUUGUCACAAACAUGUACAAGUACAAACCACAUUUCACCUUAUUGAAUAAACCAAAAUCUGUUUAA